AUGCAUGCUUGACAGCGAAACGACGAACAGGGAAGGAUGAUGAAGCUAAAAUGGCAGCUCAACUGACGGUGCUGCCAAUUCGGGGUGAAGAAAUACACAAGGAACAAACUAGAACAAAAGGCGAUAUGACACAUUUUCUUUGAUUCUUCUUUGCUUUAAUCCCGAAUUAAAAGACGAUAUGGUUUGAGAUUCGGAAUUCCGGGAAAGAAAGACCGAUUCGACGCUCUGAAAUUAGAAGCAUAUUUCCCAGUUGCAUCGCGCGGGCUAAAUUUUUUUCCGUUUUUGGAAGAUACACUGGGAUGUAACAAUUCUGUUGUUUUGCAGGACAGGAUGGACAAAUGACGCGAAAUAUAGGCUUUUAAAAUGACCGUUGAGAUAUAAUUGAAAACUAUCUAAUUGUUUUUUAAAUGUAAUAUAUGCAUUGUUCUCCAAAACGAUGAUGUGUGCUGCUGCUGCAGCCGGUGGAGGGAUUCUUCCAUCCACAUCGCCUUCGAUGAGGAUAGGCAUCAGGGUCAUUUCUGGAGUUGGUGACGAUUUCUCCUCCAUUGGUAUGGGUUCGUGUCAAACACCGGGAACCCAGUCGGAUUGCCGAAGUCGGUACCAGCUUCUACUCUCUGGGCGAGCUUUGGCGGAAAGAUACAGGAGGAUUUAUACCACGGCUAUCAAUGACAAAGAGCAAGGGAUAAACCAAGGAAGGGGAAAGAAAACUUUGAGCAAGAAGAAGCUGAAACGGCGCCAAAAGGUCAAGUCAAAAGUCAAAACAAGAACCAAGACGGAUAACCUCGAUGGGGCCUUCUGCGUGCCGGACAUCAAGCUGCACAGCAACCCAUCGGCGUUCAAUGUGUACUGCAAUGUGCGCCACUGCGUGCUGGACUGGCAGCAGCGGGAGUCAUCCCUGGCCUCACAAAGUUCCGUGCAGAGCGGUGACUCUGACAGCGAGGAGGAGGAGGAGUAUCGUGAGCCCGCCAUCAAGCUGCCCAAGAUCAUUGGCAUCGGUCUGUGUGGGGUGUUUGAGCUGAUCAAGGAGACGCGGUUCUCCCACCCUUCCCUGUGUCUGCGCAGCCUUCAGGCCCUGCUGCAUAUGCUGCAGGGACAACAACCAGAGGGCUUCCAGACGGAACCUCCUGAUGUACUUGAGUCUCUGUUCCAACUGCUGCUGGAGACGACAGUGCGCAGCACGGGGAUGAACGACCCUACUGGGCAGGCCCUCACCGCCCUGUCCUGUGCCUGCCUCUUCAGCCUGGUGGUGUCCUGGGGAGACACAGGCAAGACCCUGCAGGCCGUCUCCGCCAUCCUCACCAACAACGGCAGUCAUGCCUGCCAGAAUAUCCAGGUGCCGACCAUUCUGAACGCGCUACAGAGGAGCGUGCAGGCUGUGCUGGUGGGCAAGAUCCAGAUCCAGGACUGGUUCGGCAACGGCAUCAAGCGGGUGGCGCUGAUGAACAAGUGGGUGUUGAAGGAGGUGACGAUCGACGAGGAUGAGCGCUGCCUGCUGCAGACCGAUGGCUCCUUCCUCUACCUGCUCUGCAAGGACGGCCUCUACAAAGUGGGGUCCGGCUACAGCGGCACUGUCAGGGGCCAUGUGUAUAAUUCCACAUCACGCAUCAGGAAUCGGAAGGAGAAGAGAUCGUGGUUGGGUUUUGCUCAGGGCUGCCUGUUGUACCGGGAUAUGAGUAACAACCACAGUACGUCGGCCAUCAAGAUCAACCCAGAGACUCUGGAGCAUGAGGGAACCAUCACCAUGCCAGGCCUACAGGCAGACGGCCAGAACAUAGUCUUCACUGACGGAGAGUACAUCAACCAGAUUGCUGCCUGCAAAGAUGACGGGUUUGUGGUGAGGAUAUACGCGACCAGUACGGACCCGGCACUGCAGCAGGAGCUCCAGUUGAAACUGGCCAGGAAGUGUCUCCAUGCCUGCGGCAUUUCUCUAUUUGACCUGGAGAAAGACCUACACAUCAUUAGUACGGGGUUUGACGAGGAGGCAGCAUUGCUGGGAGCAGGCAGGGAAUUUGCUCUGAUGAAAACAGCCUCAGGAAAGGUCUACUACACAGGGAAGUACCAGAGCCUGGGCAUCAAGCAGGGUGGUCCGUUGGCAGGUAAAUGGGUGGAACUGCCCAUCACCAAGUCACCUAAGAUCGUCCAGUUCUCGGUGGGCCACGACGGCUCACACGCCCUGCUGGUGGCAGAGGAUGGCAGCGUGUUUUUUACUGGCUCCGCGAGCAAGGGAGAAGAUGGAGAGUCCACCAAGAGCCGGCGGCAGCCGAAGCCCUACAAGCCCAAGAAGAUGAUGAAGCUAGAGACCAAGACGGCGGUGAACACGGCUUGCAACAACGGCAGCAGCAGCAUCGUCACCAAGGAUGGAGAGCUAUACAUGUUCGGCAAGGACGCUAUUUACAGCGACAGCACCUGCCAGGUGUCAGACCUGAAGGGUCACAUUGUAACCCAGGUAGCCAUGGGGAAGGCCCACACCUGUGUCUUGACUAAGAGUGGAGAGGUCUGGACGUUUGGGGUCAACAACAAGGGCCAGUGUGGCCGAGAAACAGGGGCCAUGAACCAGGCGGGGAAAGCAUUUGGUGUGGAAAGCAUGGCGACGGCCAUGGAUGAGGACUUGGAGGAUGAGCUGGAGGAGAAGGAGGAGAAGAGCAUGAUGUGCCAGCCGGGCAUGCACAAGUGGAAGCUGGAUCAGUGCAUGGUGUGCACCGUGUGUGGAGACUGCACCGGCUAUGGAGCCAGCUGUGUCAGCAGCGGACGGCCCGACAGAGUACCCGGAGGUAUCUGUGGCUGUGGUUCUGGGGAGUCUGGCUGCUCAGCGUGUGGCUGCUGCAAAGCCUGCGCCAGGGAGCUUGAUGGACAGGAGGUCAGACAGAGGGGCAUCUUCGACGCUGUCAAGGAGAUGAUACCACUAGAUCUACUACUAGCUGUGCCUGUCCCCCCCCCCCCAGGAGUCAACAUCGAAGAGCACAUCCAGAUCCGGCAGGAGGAGAAACGUCAGCGGAUCAACCGCCGACACCGGCUGGAAGAGGGACGAGGCCCCAUUGUUUUCCCUGGCCCCAUAUUAAUGAACCAGCGUGAGCAGGCCCUAGUCAGACUCAGACCCCUAAGGCAUAAGCGGGACAAGCACACAGACGGGAACAGUGAGCGAGGGGAAAAGGACGCCAGUAAGAUCACCACUUAUCCCCCGGGGGCGGUGCGCUUCGACUGCGAGAUGAGAGCUGUGCAGGUUAGCUGCGGCUUCCACCAUUCAGUGGUGCUGAUGGAGAAUGGGGAUGUCUAUACGUUUGGCUACGGUCAGCAUGGCCAGCUUGGACACGGAGACGUCAACUCAAGGGGCUCUCCCACGCUGGUGCAGGCCCUCCCAGGUCCGAGUGUCCAGGUGACAGCUGGUAGUAACCACACAGCUGUGCUCCUCAUGGACGGACAAGUCUUCACCUUCGGCAGCUUCUCGAAAGGGCAGCUGGGUCGGCCAAUCCUGGAUAUGCCCUACUGGAACGCCAAGCCUUCCCCCAUGCCCAACAUUGGCGCCAAGUAUGGCCGCAAGGCCACCUGGAUCGGGGCCAGUGGGGACCAGACCUUCCUGAGGAUCGACGAGGCCCUAAUCAACUCGCACGUCCUUGCUACCUCCGAGAUCUUUGCCAGCAAACACAUCAUUGGCUUAGUCCCCACCUCAGUGUCGGAGCCCCCCCCCUUUAAAUGCCUGCUGAUCAACAAGCUGGAUGGCAGCUGCCGCACCUUCAAUGACUCAGAGCAGGAGGACCUGCAGGGCUUCGGCCUCUGUCUUGACCCAGUCUACGACGUCAUUUGGAGAUUUAUGCCGGCAUCAAGGGAGAUGUGGUGCUACAACGCCGUGAUAGCCGAUGCCCGUGUGCCCUCGGCCACGGACCUCCAGGCCAGCUGCAGCAUCCUCAGCCCAGAACUGGCACUGCCCGCUGGCUCCCACACCACCACCACCCGCUCCCACGGAGCCCUGCACAUACUGGGUUGCCUGGAUACGCUGGCAACCAUGCAGGAGCUGAAGAUGGGUGUGACCAGCACAGAAGAGGAGACUCAGGCCGUUAUGAAGGUCUACUCUAAAGAAGACUACAGCGUGGUCAACCGCUUUGAGAGUCACGGGGGUGGCUGGGGUUACUCGGCCCACUCGGUGGAGGCCAUCCGCUUCUGUGCUGAUGCGGACAUCCUGCUGGGGGGGCUGGGCCUGUUCGGGGGCCGUGGGGAGUACACUGCUAAGAUCAAGUUGUUUGAGCUGGGGCCUGAUGGUGGAGACCAUGAGACAGAUGGGGACCUCAUGGCUGAGACUGACGUCCUGGCCUACGACUGCGCUGCCAGGGAGAAGUACGCCAUGAUGUUUGACGAGCCGGUGCUGCUGCAGCUUGGCUGGUGGUAUGUGGCCUGGGCCCGGGUGUCUGGGCCCAGCUCAGAUUGUGGCUCCCACGGACAGGCCACCAUCACCACAGAUGACAGUGUGGUCUUUCAGUUCAAGAGUUCCAAGAAGUCAAACAACGGUACCGACGUGAAUGCAGGUCAAAUACCUCAGCUAUUGUACAGACUUCCGUCGAACGAUAGCAGCACAGCCAAAGGGAAACAGCAGACCAGUGAGCCGGUUCACAUCCUCAAACGCUCCUUCGCCCGAACCGUCUCAGUGGAGUGUUUUGAGUCCCUGCUGAGGAUCCUCCACUGGAGCUGGACCACCCUGGUGCUGGGGGUGGAGGAGCUGAGAGGCCUGAAAGGCUUCCAGUACACGGCUACCCUGCUGGACCUGGAGCGUCUGCGCUUCGUAGGGACCUGCUGCCUUCGCCUGCUCCGUGUCUAUAUCUGUGAGAUCUUCCCCAUCUCUGCCAGCACCAAGGCGGUGGUGGAGGAGUCCAGCAAGCUGGCGGAGUGCUUGGGCAAGACCCGUAGUUUGCUCAAGAAGAUCCUGUCAGAGGGCAUGGACAACUGCCUGACCAAGCUGGACAACGACCCCCAGGGCUACCUCUCCCAGCCCCUCACCCUGCUGGAGGCCGUGCUGCAAGAGUGCCACAACACCUUCACCGCCUGCUUCCACUCCUUCUACCCCACGCCUGCGCUGCAGUGGGCCUGCCUCUGCGACUUGCUCAACUGCCUUGACCAGGACAUUGCCGAGGCCAAUUUCCGCACAUCGAGCAGCCGACUGUUAGCGGCGGUGAUGUCUGCGCUGUGCAACACAUCAGUCAAGCUGACGUCCAUCUUGCCCAUUGCGUACGACGGCGAAGUGCUGCUGCGCUCGCUGGUCAAACAGGUCAGCACGGAGAACGACUCUGCGCUCGCCCAUCGCUUCCCCCUGCUGGUUGCACACAUGGAGAAACUCAGCCACACGGAGGAGAACCUGAUGGGGAUGACAAGUUUCAGGGAGGUUCUCGAGAAGAUGCUGGUGAUUGUAGUGCUGCCAGUGAGAAAGAGCCUGAGAAAGGAGGUGGAGCUCUUCUCUCCCCACCUGGUCUCCAACACCUGUGGCCUGCUGGCCAGCAUAGUCUCUGAGCUCACAGCCUCUGCACUGGGCUCCGAGGUGGACGGUCUAAACUCGCUUCACUCUGUGAAGUCCACUCCCAAUCGCUUCACCAAGAUGAGCCAGGGCCGCAGCUGGAACACGGGCAACGGCUCUCCAGAUGCCAUCUGUCUGACAGUGGACAAGCCCGGCGUGGUGCUGGUGGGCUUCUGUGUCUAUGGUGGCGGGGGCAUCCAUGAGUAUGAGUUGGAGGUGCUCGCUGAUGACGCCCAGACAGAGCACCCCGGGGACUCGGCCCACACCCAUAGGUGGACGUCUCUGGAGCUGGUCAAGGGAACCUACAGCACCGAUGACUCCCCCAGCGACAUUGCCGAGAUACGCCUCGACAAGGCCGUGCCACUCAAGGAGGGUGUGAAAUACGCUGUCCGCCUGCGUAACUAUGGUAGCCGAACAGCCAAUGGGGACGGAGGGAUGACCACGGUUCAGUGUUCUGACGGCAUGGCCUUCACCUUCAGCACCUGUAGCCUGAGCAGCAACGGGACCAACCAGACCAGAGGACAGAUACCACAGAUACUGUACUACAGGAGUGAGUAUGACGGGGAUCUGCAGUCCCAGCUGCUGAGCAAAGCCAAUGAAGAGGACAAGAACUGCAGCAGGGCUCUCUCAGUGGUCAGUGCAGUGGUCAGAGCUGCCAAAGAUCUCCUUCACAGGGCGUUCGCUGUGGAUGCGGAGGACAUCCCUGAGCUUCUGAGCUCUUCCAGUCUGUUCUCUAUGCUGCUCCCCCUCAUCCUGGCCUACAUCGGCCCUGUGGCUACCUCAGUACCCAAGGCCGCAGUGGAAGUCUUUGGUCUGGUCCAGGAGUUACUUCCUGCUGCCUCCGCUCUGAACCAGAAAUAUGCCCCACCGGCUUUCAACCCCAACCAAUCAACAGACAGCACUACGGGCAACCAGCCGGAGCAGGGCCUAUCAGCUUGCACCACCUCCAGUCACUAUGCUGUGAUAGAGAGUGACCACCCUUACAAGCAGGCCGGAGUCGCACAGUAUAAGGUGUCGUUCCCGGACUGCGUGCGGUGGACCACCAUCGAGUUUGACCCCCAGUGUGGCACGGCCCAGCCCGAGGAUGUCCUCCGCCUGCUCAUCCCGAGCCGCUCAAUCCACCUGUCCAGCCACGGCACCAAGCCCCUGGCCCAUGACACCAUCAACACCUGGGUGGAGCUCAAGAAGAUCUCCGGCUCCAAUGGCUGGCCCACCACCGUUCUAGUGCUGCCAGGAAACGAGGCCCUGUUCUCCUUGGAAACGGCCUCUGACUACGUAAAAGACGAGAAGGCCUGUUUCUACGGCUUCAAAUGUGUUGCCGUGGGAUACGAAUUCAACCCUGGACCAGAUGAGGGUAUUAUCCAGCUGGAGAAGGAGUUGGCAUACUUGGGCAGUGUGUGUGCUGCUGCUCUUAUGAAGAAGGAUCUGGCUCUGCCUAUAGGGAACGAACUUGAAGAGGACCUUGAGAUUCUUGAAGAGGCCUCUCUUCAGGUGUGUAAGGCCCACUCAGGUAUCCUGGGCAAGGGGCUCGUCCUGUCCCACUCCCCCACCAUCCUAGAGGCUCUGGAGGGCAACCUGCCCCUGCACCUGCAGACCAACGAGCACUCCUUCCUGGAGGACUUCAUUACCUGUGUGCAGAACUCCAGCGGAGGACGCCUGGCCAGGUGGCUGCAGCCAGACUCGUACGCGGACCCCCAGAAGACAUCUCUGAUUCUGAACAAGGAUGACAUCCGCUGCAGCUGGCCCACCACAGUGGCCGUCCAGACCAAAGACCAGUACGGAGACAUAGUGCACGUGCCAAACAUGAAGGUGGAGGUGAAGGCGGUGCCCGUCUCCCAGAAGAAGUCCAUGCAGCAGGAGUGCAUGAGGAAGCUGCAGCGUCUCCCAGGCAGCACCAACCCCUCAUUCUCGGGCACCGCUGACCUUACGUUCGGGGGCCUGCCCAUGCCGAAGCUGGAGGCCACCUAUGAGCCCAUGAUCGUCAAGGAAGCGCGCUACAUUGCCAUCACAAUGAUGAAGGCCUAUGAGAAUUACUCAUUUGAGGAACUUCGCUUUGCUUCACCCACUCCAAAGAGGCCCAGUGAGAACAUGUUGAUCCGGGCUAACACAGACGGGACGUACAGUGCCAACUGGACCCCCGGGGCUGUGGGCCUCUACACAAUCCACGUCACCAUUGACGGCAUUGAGAUCGGUAACGUAGAACAGGAUGCUGGUCUGGAGGUGGAGGUGAAAGACCCUCCUAAAGGCAUGAUCCCACCUGGCACACAGAUGGUCAAACCCAAGGCCGAGCCCCAACCUAGCAAGGUCCGCAAAUUUGUGUCCAAGGACAGCGCAGGCCUCCGUGUGCGUAGUCACCCUUCCCUGCAGAGCGAACAGAUAGGCAUAGUGCAAGUCAAUGGCACCAUCACUUUCAUUGAUGAGAUCCACAAUGAUGAUGGUGUUUGGCUCAGGCUGAAUGAUGAGACAGUAAAGAAGUAUGUGCCCAACAUGAAUGGGUACACUGAAGCCUGGUGCCUCUCUUUUAACCAGCAUGUGGGCAGGAGCCUGCUGGUCCCAGCCAACAGUGUCUUUAACGCUAGCCAAGGAGUCAGGGAUAUCGGCUUUUUGUCGUGGACCCCCUUAACUAUAUUCCCACAGGAGGCAGGAGGCCAAUCGGAGCAGAGUGUUAAGGAGGUGAGCUCCAGCGGCCGCCCCUCCCAAGAGGCCCCCUCCAUGCAGGAGCAGGACAGGGUGGGGCAGGGCGGCGGCCCUGGGCUUUAUAAGGUAGUGAAGACGGGUCCCUCGGGUCACAACAUCAGAAGCUGUCCAAACCUUAGGGGUAUCCCCAUUGGAAUGUUAGUACUUGGGAACACGGUCAAGGCAGUAGGCGAGGUGGUAAACACGGAGGGGACGUGGGUGCAGCUGGACAAAAACAGUGUGGUGGAGUUCUGCGAGAGCGACGAAGGAGAGGCCUGGUCUCUGGCCCGAGACCGUGGGGGAAACCAGUACCUACGCCAUGAGGAAGAACAAACCCUUCUGGAGCGCGGGGCCCAGACCCCACCACCUAGCCCCUUCUCUGUCCAGGCCUUCAACAGGGCUACUGCAGCCAAUGGGGCACAGGGCUUUGACUACGGUAUCUCAAACAACAAAGGUGACCAAAGGUUGACUGCCAUACUGAAUAGUGCCAUUCAGUCUGGGCCCUUCCUCCCUCCAGCUGCUCCUCCCUCCUCUUCCUCCGUAUUUGAGCAAGCCGCCCAACCUCCCUCCUCCUCCCUUGUCCACAGCCCAUUUGUGUUUGGACAAUGCCCCAGGUCCCAAGUGUCUCAGCCGCAGCCACAGCUUCCGAAUGGUUCUUCAUCACGCAGCCUUGCUUCUUCUCACGAGCGGGUGCACAAAAGCAGUGCGUCCGUGGCUGGGCAUGGUUCUGCACUCUCAUCUCUUGCUCUCAGGCAAAAGGGUAACUUAGGGGCGCGGCCCAUGUCCCCGGCCACCAAACAACGACUGGAAAGUCGCUCCCCAAAACAGGAGGGGCGUGGCGGUCGCACCUCGGAACAGUCCAAAAGUAAAGAUCCGCCGGCCAGCGAGGCACUUAUCCUGCGGUCGGACACUGCCAAGCUGCGGUCGGACUCCCAUAGCCGCUCCCACUCGCCCAACCACAACACCCUGCAGGCACUGAAGGCCGACGGGCGCGAUCGUAACUCCUCCGGGCUGCGCGCCGAGUCGCCUAACCCUGGCUCCCGCUCCACCUCGCCCAAACAGAAGGGCCUUUCUUCCACCUCGGGGAGGUCUAGCCCCUCCAGCACCUCCUCACCCCGCUCCUCCACCCAGCACGACAAGAACUUUGCUCAGGACAAGAACCAACCAAUUGACAAGAAUAUGCCACAAGACAAGAACCAACCAAUUGACAAGAACAUGCCACAAGACAAGAACCAACCCCAUGACCAGAACCUCCCUCCCAAUGUCAGCCCCUCCAAGGCUCGGUUGGACCCGCCCAGAGAAAGGUCCAAGUCGGACUCGUACACCCUGGACCCGGACACCCUGAGGAAGAAGGUCCCUCUCACCUCAGAGCCCCUAAGGGGAAGGUCCACCUCGCCCAAACCCAAACUACCAUCCAAGGACGGGAGCAGCAAAGGAGGAGAUAGGAAUGCGGAGAACCGCACCCCGUCGCCCCAUGUGACCCAGGAGAACCUCCACAGCGAGGUGGUGGAGGUGUGUACGUCUAGUGCUCUUCUUUCCAAUGAUGAUGAGGGAAACAAUGAAAACGUGGAGGUGAGGAAUGCAGAGGAGGGAUCCUCAAAGGUGCACUUCAGCAUCGGCAAGGCACCCGUGAAGGAGGAGCUGGAGAGCAGCCGCUUGUCGCCCAAAGUCAGCCGCAAGACCUCCAGCCGACACGUGCGCCCCAAGAAGGACAAGUCGGGCCCGCUCUUCAAGGGUGAGAGCUCGUCGAGGGUCACCGAGCCCGCCAAGCAGGCCAUGUCACCCUCAGUUGCAGAGUGUGCCCGGGCGGUCUUCGCCGCGUUCCUCUGGCACGAGGGUAUCGUCCACGAUGCCAUGGCCUGCUCCUCGUUCCUCAAGUUCAACCCAGAGCGGACCAAGGAGCACGCGCCCAUCCGCAGCUCGCUGGGUGGCCAGGGCGGCCAAGAGGAGAAGGAAAGUAAGCUGAAGAACCGCCACUCACUGGAGAUAUCCUCGGCCCUCAAUAUGUUCAACAUCUCCCCGCAUGGGCCAGACAUAUCCAAGAUGGGCAGCAUCAACAAGAACAAGGUCCUGUCAAUGCUCAAAGAGCCUCCCCUGCCCGAAAAGUGUGAGGAUGGCAAGGGGGAGCACGUCUCCUUCGAGGUGGCCACUCACCCUACCAUGAGGGCUAAGUCCAUCCUGCCGCUCACCCUCCAGCACCUCGUUGCAUUCUGGGAGGACAUCUCAAUGGCAACCAUCAAGGCAGCCACCCAAAACAUGAUUUUUCCCAGCCCGGGCUCCAGCGCCAUCCUGAAGAAAAAGGAGAACGAGAAGGACACUAAGAAGUCCAAGAAGGAGAAAAAGAAAAGAGAUAAGGCGGAGGUGCGCCCCAGGGGGAACCUGUUUGGGGAGAUGGCUCAGCUGGCCAUGGGGGGACCGGAGAAGGACACCAUCUGUGAGCUGUGUGGGGAGUCGCACCCCUACCCUGUCACCUACCACAUGAGGCAGGCCCACCCAGGUUGUGGUCGCUAUGCGGGAGGCCAGGGCUAUAACAGCAUUGGCCACUUCUGUGGGGGCUGGGCGGGAAACUGUGGAGACGGCGGGAUCGGAGGAAGCACCUGGUACCUGGUGUGUGACCGUUGCAGGGAGAAGUACCUAAGAGAGAAGCAGACUGCAGCCAGGGAAAAGGUGAAGCAGUCGAGGAAGAAGCCCCUGCAGGUGAAGACGCCGCGGGCGCUUCCCACCAUGGAGGCCCACCAGGUGAUCCGUGCCAACGCCCUGUUCCUGCUGUCCUUAAGCAGUGCUGCUGAACCCAGCCUGCUGUGCCACCACCCGCCUCGCCCGCUCCACUCCACACUGCCCAGCCUCAAGGAGGGUGUCUCGGACGAGAUUCCCAACAAGAUCGGCUGCCUCUACCUGCAGACGCUGGCCAGGCAACACACAGAGAACUUUGGUGGGUACACAGAUGACAACCUGUUCCAGGACGAGAUGAGGUACCUGCGCUCCACAUCUGUCCCUGCGCCCUACAUCUCAGUCACCCCUGACGCUUGCCCCAAUGUGUUCGAGGAGCCCGAGAGCAACAUGAAAUCCAUGCCCCCCAGUCUAGAGACCAGCCCAAUCACAGACAGUGACUUGUCCAAGCGGACGGUGUUCCAGAGGUCCUACUCUGUGGUGGCCUCUGAGUACGACAAGCAGCAUUCGGCCUCCCCGGCCAGGGUCAAAGCCGUGCCCAGGCGCAGAGUCCACAGUGGGGAUGCAGAAGUGGGUUCCUCUCUGUUGCGCCACCCGUCCCCGGAACUGUCCCGUCUAAUCUCGGCCCAUGGAUCCCUCAGUAAGGGCGAGAGGAACUUCCAGUGGCCUGUCCUGGCCUUCGUCAUCCAGCACCACGACCUGGAGGGUCUGGAGGUGGCCAUGAAGCAUGCCCUCCGCAAGUCUGCCUGCAGGGUCUUCGCCAUGGAGGCAUUCAACUGGCUGCUGUGUAACGUGAUCCAGACCACUUCGCUGCACGACAUCCUGUGGCACUUUGUCGCCUCCCUUACCCCGUCACCAUUUGAACCCGAGGAAGAGGAGGAGGAUGAAAAUAAAGCCCAUGGGAACAAGGAAAUUGUGAUUGAGCAGGAGAGGGACUUUGGAGUGUGUGAGCACCCGCUGUCUGACAUUGUGAUUGCCGGGGAGGCCGCCCAUCCCCUCCCACACACCUUCCACCGCCUCCUCCAGACCAUCUCUGACCUCAUGAUGUCACUUCCUAGUGGCAGCUCCCUGCAGCAGAUGGCCCUCAGGUGUUGGAGUCUGAAGUUCAAACAGUCAGACCACCAGUUCCUGCACCAGAGCAAUGUGUUCCACCACAUCAACAACAUCCUGUCCAAGUCGGACGAUGGCGACAGCGAGGAGAGCUUCAACAUCAGUGUGCAGUCUGGCUACGAGGCCAUGAGCCAGCUGGGAGGUGUUGAACAUCAUUUGACCUUCCAGGAGCUGUGCCUGGUGACCAGUCUGAAGGACCUGACCAUCUUGGUGGACAUCAAGACGUCCAGCCGACCUGCCAUGAUUGGCAGCCUAACGGACGGCUCCACUGAGACCUUUUGGGAGUCGGGAGAUGAGGACAAAAACAAGACCAAGAGCAUCACCAUCAGCUGCGUCAAGGGCAUCAACGCCUCCUACGUCACCGUGCACGUGGACAACUCCCGCGAUAUCGGGAACAAAGUCACCUCCGUGACGUUCCUGUGUGGCAAAGCCGUGGAGGACCUCUGCAGAAUCAAACAGAUCGACCUCGACUCGCGUCACAUGGGCUGGGUGACCAGCGAGGUUCCUGGGGGAGACCACCAUGUGAUCAAAGUGGAGCUGAAGGGGCCCGAGAACACGCUGCGGGUGCGCCAGGUCAAGGUGUUGGGAUGGAAGGAGGGCGAGAGCAUCAAGAUUGCGGGUCAGAUCUCGGCCAGCGUGGCCCAACAGAAGAACUGUGAGGCCGAGACACUCCGCGUGUUCCGCCUCAUUACCUCACAGGUGUUUGGGAAGCUGAUCUGCGGAGAUGCUGAGCCCACCCCUGAACAGGAGGAGAAGAACCUGCUGUCAUCACCAGAGGGAGAGGAUAAGGCGCCUUCAGAUGCAGACCUGAAGGAACACAUGGUGGGCAUAAUUUUCAGCCGGAGCAAGCUGACCAACCUGCAGAAACAGGUGUGCGCCCACAUAGUCCAGGCCAUUCGCAUGGAGGCGACCCGUGUGCGUGAGGAAUGGGAGCAUGCCAUCUCCAGCAAGGAAAACGCCAACUCGCAGCCCAGCGAUGACGACGCCUCCUCAGACGCCUACUGCUUCGAGUUGCUCUCCAUGGUGCUGGCACUGAGCGGCUCCAACGUGGGCCGCCAAUACCUGGCCCAGCAGCUAACACUGAUGCAGGACCUGUUCUCGCUGCUGCACACGGCCUCGCCGCGUGUCCAGAGACAGGUGACCUCUCUCCUCCGUCGUGUCCUCCCCGAGGUGACGCCUGUGCGCCUGGCCAGCAUCAUCGGCGUCAAGGCCCUGCCGCCUGCUGAUAUCAGUGACAUCAUCCACUCGACCGAGAAGGGUGACUGGAACAAGCUGGGCAUCCUGGACAUGUUCCUGGGCUGCAUCGCCAAGGCACUCACCGUGCAGCUCAAGGCCAAGGGAACCACCAUUUCCGGCACGGCGGCAGGCAAAGGCGUUACCACGGUCACACUGCCCAUGAUCUUCAACUCCAGCUACAUUCGCCGGGGGGAGAGCCACUGGUGGAUGAAGGGAUCCACUCCCCCUCAGAUCGCUGAGAUCAUCAUCAAGCUGGUCAAAGACAUGGCUGCCGGACACCUGUCAGACGCCUGGUCUCGGGUGACGAAGAACGCCAUUGCUGAGACCAUCAUCGCCCUCACCAAGAUGGAGGAGGAGCAUCGCUCGCCAGUCCGCUGCAUCGCCACCACCCGGUUGUGGCUGGCCCUGGCCUCUCUGUGUGUGUUGGACCAGGAUCAUGUGGACAGGCUGUCCUCGGGCCGCUGGAUGGGCAAAGAUGGACAGCAGAAACAGAUGCCUAUGUGCGAUAACCAUGACGACAGCGAGACUGCAGCCAUCAUCCUGUGUAACAUGUGUGGUAACCUGUGUACCGACUGUGACCGCUUCCUCCACCUGCACCGACGCACACGCUCCCAUCAGAGACAGGUGUUUAAGGAGGAAGAGGAGGCAAUCAAAGUGGACCUCCACGAGGGCUGUGGGAGGACAAAGCUCUUCUGGCUCAUGGCUCUGGCUGACUCUAAGACCAUGAAGGCCAUGGUGGAGUUUAGGGAGCACACAGGGAAACCAGCCUCCAGCAGCUCAGACGCCUGUAGGUUCUGUGGCACCAGGAACGGCACCGAGCUCUCAGCCGUGGGCAGUGUCUGCUCUGACCCAGACUGCCAGGAGUAUGCCAAGCUGGCGUGCAGUAAGACGCACGCGUGCGGCCACCCCUGUGGCGGGGUGAAGAACGAGGAGAGCUGCCUGCCCUGUCUGCACGGCUGCGACAAAAGCACAGGCUGCCUGAAACAGGACGCCGAUGACAUGUGCAUGAUCUGCUUCACAGAGGCACUCUCUGCCGCUCCCGCUGUCCAGUUGGACUGCAGUCACGUGUUCCAUCUCCAGUGUACCCGUCGUGUUCUGGACAACCGCUGGCUCGGACCCAGGAUCACUUUUGGAUUCAUGUCCUGCCCAAUCUGCAAGAACAAGAUCAACCACUCGGUCAUCAAGGACCUACUGGACCCUAUCAAGGAGCUGUUUGAGGACGUACGGAGGAAAGCUCUGAUGAGAAUGGAGUACGAGGGUCUGCACAAGAGCGAGGCCAUCACCACGCCCGGUGCCCGCUUCCACAAUGAUCCGGCCGGCUUCGCAAUGAACCGAUACGCCUACUACGUCUGCUACAAGUGCAAGAAGGCGUACUUUGGGGGAGAGGCGCGCUGUGACGCGGAGGCAGGACAGGGAGACGACUACGACCCCAGCGAGCUGAUAUGUGGAGCAUGCUCAGAUGUGUCCAGGGCACAGAUGUGUUCCAAGCACGGGACAGACUUUCUGGAGUACAAAUGCCGUUACUGCUGCUCAGUGGCUGUUUUCUUCUGCUUCGGCACCACUCACUUCUGUAACGCCUGCCAUGAUGACUUCCAGAAGAUGACCAGUGUGCCCAAGGAGGAGCUGCCUCACUGUCCUGCAGGUCCCAAAGGCAAGCAGUUGGAGGGGACGGAGUGCCCCUUACACGUGGUUCACCCUCCCACCGGCGAGGAGUUUGCCCUGGGCUGUGGAGUGUGCAGGAACGCCCAUACCUUCUAAAAUCACCCAGUUCUGAAAACCCAGAGACCUGUACCGAACACUCGUUCUUCUUCUGUGACUGCAGGCUGUUGGCUGCAGCCGGGGCCCAGCCUGUCAAGUAUUUCCUCGUGUUGGCUCUCGUUGUCAGGUGGCCAUGGACACUGUUUCAGGUAUUUCUAACGUACCCAAGAGUCUCAAGUUGUGCUCUUCGACAUACCAAUCAAAGUCUUCAAGGCUUUACUACAAAAACAGCUCUCUGUGGAUUCCAGAGGAAACUCCCAUGUAAAAAAAAUUAUUAUUAGUAUAAUUUGUUUUUUUUACUUGUGACAUGUUUGCAUGCGGCCGUUGUAACCCCUCGGCUUCCAUAGACGUUGCACACCUCCCCGAUCACUGAAGUGUAAAAAAGUAUUUAAAAAUUGUAUAUGAAAUACAUUUUGCUUAGGCAACUGUGGAUGGACUUGGAUAUAUAAAAGGAAAAAAAAUGUGACAGGCCUUAUUUCCAGCUUCCUAACUAUGAAUUCUAAAUAUUGUUGUAUGUAAACAGACUUUUUUUUUCCGUAAUCCUGUACAGUAUUCUCUCCACUGUCGAGUGCAUCAGGGGACAACAACAAAAAAAGAGGAGAAUUCUGAUGAGGGGGUGAAAAAGUGUACGAUUUAUCUAAUCUUGUAUAUAAUGAUAGUAUCCAAAAUAGCUGUAUUCCGAAGUUGCUACUCUACACUUCAGUUUCGUUUGAUAUUCUGGGUUAUGUUUUGAGCCAGAACUUUUAAUGAAGUGCAAUACUGAGUGUGCCUCCUAUCUUGCAGCAGUUUAACCUAUGGAAUGUAUGUCAAUAAAAGCCACUGUACUUUUUUAUACAGUGAUAAACACAGUCGUGUAUUACCCCAAUUCAAAAUGUCAGAUCACUUAUGUUCUCUGCAGCAGAUCCCAGCAUCUUCAGUGUAUGAAGGUUGAUUGAUGUGAACCCUUUUUUUAGUUCCUCAAUUAGACAAAUAACGUGGUGGUACAAACUUUCUUUCUGUCAUUUUUUUUAAACAACUGAGAAGGUGAUUACGCUAUAGGCUACCAUUGUAUUGUAAAGGAGUGCUAACUGAACGUGUUGGGCCGGUCUUCUUCACCAAAUAUAAAAAAUAAUUGUGAUUCUGUAAUGCUUCUCCAUCAUUAGGAGGCAGGCGGGACAUAUGGGUAUGGGGGUUUGAGAGAAAAAACAAACAGCUGCUGUUAUAAAAGCUUAAUACUUGUGAUUCUGUAUCUGUGAUGGAUGGAGUUGAAUGGUAAUAAACCAGGUUCUCUGUUUCGCAAGGUACAUUCAA